AUGAAGCAGGGGGGACGCGCGGCACUGCUGGUGGCGCUGCUGCUCCUGGCACAGCAGCGCCCGGGGAGCAGCCGGUGGAGCCCGGAGGCGGCGGCGGCCGGGGUCCGGGACCCGAGUCUGCGCUGGAGCCCCGGGGCGCGGAACCAGGACGGCGGGGCCCGCGCGCUGCUCUUGCUGCUGGCCGAGCGCUUCCCGCGCCGCGCGGGGCCCGGCCGGUGGAGAUCCCGGACCGCGGGCGAGCGGCCGAGACGGGACGACCCUCCGCUGUCCAUUGAUCUCACCUUCCACCUGCUGCGGACCCUGCUGGAGCUGGCGCGGACACAGAGCCAGCGGGAGCGCGCCGAGCAGAACCGCAUCAUAUUCGAGUCGGUGGGCAAGUGA